AUGGUGUUCUGCCGCACUGUUGACCUUAUUUUGGAGGAGCCUGACCUGUUUGGAUCUGUCGGUUACUCUUCGGUGUGCUUUAAGAGGGCAUUACUUGCUUUAACGUGCUUCCUUUUUGUUUACUUCAGUGGUAGAAUAAGAGCUUUGGAGAGGAAUAAGCUCACAAAGAAGACUUUAGAACUGGCACAGCAGUACUUCUUGCCCCCGUACGCUUUCCAGAUUCGAGUUGGUGCUCUGUACCUUUUGUAUGGGCUCUAUAGUACACAGCUUUGCCAGCCAAAACAAAAGAUCAGAAUCGCGCUCAAGGAUUGGCCUGAAAUCCAGAGAUUUCGACAGGAUCUGAUAGACUCCCAGCAUUAUGAUGCAGCAUACAUCUUUAGGACACUGCGACUUUCCAGAGCAUUCCAUUUCACAGCAAUGCCAAAGCUACUAAACUACAGAACUAAGAAGAAGAUUCAGGAAAACGAAUUUAAAGAGGAAUUUAAGGACCCAAGUAACAGAGUAAACAGCCUCAUCACUAAUGAUGUACUGGAGGAACUGAUGAAUAUUCAUGACCACUAUCAGAAAAUGAAGUGUGUCAUUUCAGCUGACAAAUCCCAGCCAGACAAGGCCCUGAGCUUGAUAAAAGAUGAAUUUGUAGUUACUCUUAAAGACAUAACCUUGGAACAUCAGGAAUGGCAGCAGAACAGAAUGAAAUUAUUCCUAAAUGCUAAAGAAACUGAUGAAAUAUCAAACAAAAAGGAAGAAGGGAUUUUGCUAGAAUCAGAGGGUUCUGAAAGAGCAAAUGCAUUGGCUAGGAUCAAAUACAGGUCUUACUCUGCAGUUGUUGAGGCUUCCAAAUCCAGAAGACAUCGUCAAGUAAAAUUAGAAUCUUCUGAAUCAGGAUCGAAUUAUGGGAAAUCUCCAAACCGAAGUAAAAAAAACAGUCGGAGACCACAGCCAGCAAGGAGGAGAGAUUCUUUGGAAGUCAAAGGUGAAAUGCAAGUGGCAAAGGAAACUGUUAGUCGGCAUAUUGGGAUGCCUAUAAUCACAGAAGAAGAUAACUCAGAUGAAGAAGAAGUAUCUCUCCCCAAGAGGAAAAGAAGAUGUUAG